CCGGAGGUCUCUGCAGAGCUGAAUGGGAUGAGCGUUCUGGCCCCGCUCCCACUCGCAGACAUGGCCAGUCCAACCCUAAGCCCGGACGAUUCAUCUUUGUCAGCCCCCGUCAGCAUCUCCCCCUCAGACUCCGAGAACCUCAGUCCAGAUGAACUGGAGCUGCUCAGCAAGCUGGAGGAGCAGAACAGGCUCCUAGAAGCUGACUCCAAGUCUCUGCGAAGUGUUACUGGAUCCUGCAGGACCAGCGUCACCUCCCCGGGGCCACAACCUUUGGACCAGGACAGCUGGGAGUUAUGGGGACGCAUUGUCACACACUGGGAGGAGUGGACCAGGAGGAAGGAGAAGCUGCUGAAGGAGCUUAUCCGUAAGGGGAUCCCACAUCACUUCAGAGCCAUGGUGUGGCAGAUGUUAUGUAAUGCGACAGACAUGCCGGUGAAGAAGCAAUACGCCGACCUCCUGAGGAUGUCCUCACCCUGCGAGAAGCUGAUCCGCAGAGACAUCGCUCGAACCUAUCCCGAGCACGACUUCUUCAGGGGCCAGGACAGCCUAGGACAGGAGGGGCUGUUCAAUGUCAUGAAGGCGUACUCGCUGAUAGACCGGGAAGUUGGUUACUGCCAGGGCAGUGCCUUCAUCGUGGGCCUUCUUCUCAUGCAGAUGCCGGAGGAAGACGCCUUUUGUGUCUUUGUGCGGCUGAUGCAGGAAUAUCGGUUACGGGAACUCUUUAAGCCCAGUAUGGCUGAGCUGGGCCUGUGUAUAUAUCAGCUGGAAUAUAUGUUACAGGACCAGCUCCCGGAGCUGAAUCUACACUUCCGCUCCCACUGUUUCCUCACAUCAAUGUAUGCCUCCUCCUGGUUUCUAACCCUAUUCCUCACCACCUUUCCCCUGCCUGUGGCCACGCGGAUCUUUGAUAUCUUCAUCUAUGAGGGGCUGGAGGUCAUAUUCCGAGUAGGGAUGGCAAUACUGACUGUAAACCAGACGGAGCUCAUGCAGCUGGACAUGGAGGGGAUGUCACAGUAUUUUCAGAAGGUGAUCCCGCACCAGUUUGAAAGCUGCCCUGAUAAACUGAUCCACAAGGCCUACCAAGUCAAGUACAACCCAAAGAGAAUGAAGCGACUGGAGAAAGAAUACGCUGCUAUUAAAAGUAAAGAGAUGGAGGAGCAAAUUGAAAUCAAGAGACUAAGAUCGGAGAAUAGACUUCUGAAGCAACGGAUUGAAACUCUAGAGAAAGAGAGUGCUGCAUUAGCGGACAGGCUCAUCCAGGGUCAGGUGACACGGGCGCAGGAAGCCGAGGAGAACUACGCCAUAAAGCGAGAGCUGGCCUUGGUAAAGCAGCAAUAUUACACAGCAACCGAGAACCUUCAGAGUGCCCAGAACCAAAUCCGCCAACUACAGGACAAGCAGAAUGAUCCCAGGGUCACCUCAGAGUUGGUCACCCACUUGGAGUCGGAGCUGGAGCAGUCACGGCUGAGAGAAGCAGAGUCUCUGGAAGCACUGAGGGAGAUGCAGGAGAAGGUGGUAGAGCUGGAAAAGCGGAACAGCGCUCUCCCAGAUGAGAACAACGUUGCGAUGCUCCAGGAGGAGGUUCUGUGCAUGCGGAGGAGAGAGGCCCAUGCUCUACAGGUCAUGCGAGAGGGUCAGCAGCAAGUCACUGAACUGACAGACCGUUGGCAGGCCCUGUCUUCCCGGGGAGGUGGCAUUUGGAAAGACUCUCCUCGUAAGAACGCAACCGGGGACCUGCAAGAUGAGGUCAUGUCCUCUCGGUUACGUGAAGUCCAUGCUCAGAGCGAAACGCGUGAACUUCGCCAGAGGGUACUCAUUCUGGAAAGUCAGGAGUUGUUACAUGACAAGCAGCUGUCCCGGCUGGAGAAGGAGUGUAAGGAGCUCAGAGAGAAGUUGCAGAGCGAGGCGGCACAGAACAAGGCCCUGCAGACCCAAAUAAAUGAGGACAAGAGAAGACAUGCAGUGACGGAUUGUAAGAAUAAAGAAGAAGUGAUGGCAGUACGGCUGAGAGAAGCAGAAAGCAUGGCUGCCGUGGCUGAGAUGCGUCAGCGGAUAGCCGAUCUGGAGAUUCAGAAAGAAGAAGGGAUGAUACAGGGAAAACUAAAAGAUUCAGACUCCUCGCAGUACAUCCGGGAACUGAAGGAUCACAUUGAAGAGCUGAGGCAUGAGAUUCUCCUUCAUCGAGGUCACAAACCUUAUUCUGACCAAAUAGCCUUCGAUGAACUGAACCUCUCCUCCCACUCAGGACGAGAGGAUGAAGACUCGCUUCCUUCCUCAGAUGAAGAGCUUCUUUCUCGCCCUCUGGGAGCUUUGCAAGACGCCCUCUAUCCUCAUUCACCCCACAAGUCCUGUUUCUUACGGCCCCUGAGAAAUUCCGUCAGCUCUGACAGUGAAGAAGGGGUAGAAACCAAUGGAGCCACUUCUGAUACACCCCCUGAGCCUGCAGAAGAGGAAUAACACAGGGCAGAAGGCAGGCUG